GGCAUAUCCAUCAAUAAAAUCCUUUGCUUUACUAUUCUCAGAGCGUUAUAACGUCUAUCUUCUAUCGAAUAGUGUAUUAGCAAUUACUAGAGAAGAGAUUCCGGUUUUCUAAGGCGUCUCAGAGAGGGUUGCCUUGACAAUUGGCUAGAAGCUCUACCGAUUCAUCUUCAUUACGCAAGGAAUAAUUCGAUUCAUCCUGAAUGUAUCAACAUCCUGAAACCUCACCCAUGGGGCUAUCGCACUGAACCUUCUUGAAAAUGAGCACCAGCAUCAAUCCCAUGUCCACUACUCCGAUGCACGCCAUGACAAUAUAUCGUAUAAUAGUCUCUUUGAUAGCCAUCUUAGCACGGCACAACAUUUUUCGCUGUACACGACAGGUUCGUGGUAGAAAUGUUGGUUGAGUUCAUAGUUGUUAUUGCGACAAUCGUCAACAAAGUGUUUACUUCAUGAUUCAUCUCCGAUAGUGUUGAAGAGUACCGGAGAUUAUAGUGAGCGCAACACCAUGAACUUGCAUCUAACAUCACCCUAUUGGCUCAUAUAGAUAAGAUGGGAUAUUGCAGGCAAGACUUGGGUUGGACAUUAGAAAGUCUUUACUUCCGAUCGUGCUCCUUGACAUAUAUGGGAGUGGAGUGAUCACUACACUGGCAAAUUGCCAUGUUAUAGUAUUGCGACACUACCAUAUAUCUACAGGUGACAGUAAAUGGGAUGUUAUUAGCGCAAAGUACAUACUUUAUAUUAUCGUGUCUAAUAGCCAAAUGGUUCAACGAUAACAUGGAUAUUUGCUGGCUAAAUGAUUAUUCUGUACAAGUAGGCAUAGGUGUGCUCCUAUUGUUCUACUCCAUUUCCCUAAAAGUUGUGGGUGAACAUUCUUAAAAUCAUAUGGUUCAUCGUAUGUUGCCCCUAAAAUAGCCAGCAUGGCCUUUCCGUAUCCAAGACAGAUUAAAUUUAUUGUAAAGGUUGGAAGCAAUUCUGUGGUAUUACUUAGGUGUAGUUUGCGGACCUUCUGCAGUAUUGGUAACAGUGUUAUGGAUGGUGGUGUUGAGGAAG